GAAUUUCGGCUCUGACCGUCAUCCGUGACGUCACAUCUCUAACCGGUGUUAUUACAUUCGUUGCUUCUUCCUUUUCUAAAGAUCCUUUCACAACUUACAAUGUAACAACGGAGUUAAAAUGUCCAACAUUCUCAAGCGACUCAGCUAUCUCGACUUCCCUGAGUGUACAAGGGAGGCCCUUCACUACCUGAGCCGCUGCCUGAGGAAAGAAACUGGUGGAAUUCCAGGAUUAGGAGGAGGUGGAGAAGACUAUACUGUGGAAGUUUCUAGAGAUUUCAUUCAUUUUGCCUGCAAUCCAAAGCGACUCACUGCCAUCCAAGAACUGCAGCUACUCGAAAUUCUCUGCUCAUACAUCACUGACCAGAAGGAAAAUGAAAGAAACAGCAUAUUUGCCAUCAUGUUUGCCGGGGAAGCGGCCUUGUUGAAAGUCAAUUUGCUGACCAAGCUUGUUUCCAUGGCAAUGUCAAUAAAGUGUACGGCUGUUCUCGACUGUACUGCUCUAUGGAUGCAGGAGCGAGGCUGUGACAGUGAACCAGUGUGCUGCAUGGCCAAAUCCAUGGUCAACGACUACUGCCAACUGUUUCCAGGUGUGAUUCCAACAUUUCAAGCACUGCCCAGUAUCUCACCACUAUUUGCCUGUAACUUCAUUGCAGCGGUAACCGCUCUAUUCCCAUGUAACACUUUAGAUGGUAUGCCGCCAGAGAAACUUGUGGAACAUGUCACCAACUGGAUCUCCUCGGAUAGCAGACUGUGUUCGGUGUCUAUGCGUCCAGCAUCCUCUGGCAGUAGCUAUCGGAUGUUCGCCUCGCACGGCUGCUCACCGUUUCCUGGACUCACCAACUGGUGCGUCAAGGGACCCGUGCUAUGUCUCAAGGCCACUGACAACAACAAAAACUGCUGGGGGGACAUCGGGGUGGCCAAUACCUGCAACAAUAACAAUCGACUCCAGCAGCAGCAGCAGCUCUUCUCGCGGCUCCACUUGGGGGUCCUUCAAAGCCUGCUCGCCAACAACGCAGCAGCAGCGACCGGUACCGGCCGGACUGCGGUCAGUGGACUGCUUGGCCCCAACGUACCGAAUGCCACUGGGCACCCUUUCACACCGGCUGACAUCAAAAAGACAUCUCAGGAACUUAUGGACAUUUGCAAACGUUACGGUUUAUCACCAGAGGAAGAGACUUGCCUCUGCUCUGUUGAAAGACUCGGACAGAUUAUUCAAGUAGCUUUAGCCAGUGCGACUCUUCGAGUCAGACCAGCACAACUUUGUGAAAUCUUGCAACUUUUGCCAGCAAAUAGGUUACUCAGAUUGAUAAAAACACUCCACCAAGGAAAUGGCUCUGCUGUAUGAAGAAAACUUUCCUUCAGCUGCAUUCAUCAACAAAAUAUAUACACCACAGGGCUGGGGAGAGGGGAAUAUUUGCUUCUUUCAAGCAACUGGGAGGGAGGAAAAAAUCUUCAAAUCCUCAUAGGGUCAUGUCCAUAAGAGAGGUAACUCUGCCACUAACUUCUAACUCUUCAAAUGGAGGUAAAUAAAUAAGUAGAUUCAAUGGAGAAUUUACAUUUUUUUUCUCUUCUGGAUACUUUUAUACAAAUAAUUCCUCUACAAUUGCUCCAUCUAUUAGGGUUAGGUUAUUCUAGUUCUUCUUACAAUUAGAUUCUUUUUAAAAUAAAUUAAGUUAUUAGUAUUUCUCCAAUUUGAUUUCAGAAAUCAUAAAAUAAGUUUGUAUAUCACAAGGAAAUACCAUUUCUUAUUGUAUUAACUUUUAUUUUGUUGUUGAUGGAAAUUAGCUCAAAUUUCCUUAAAUUCUCGUUUGUUUUUUUUUUUAAUGUUUCAUCUUUUAACUGGUUUUAGUUCAAUUUUAAAAAAAAACACUUCUAGAUAUUAAUGCAACAGAAAUAGUAGUGAGUUAAAAUAUAUAUAUUAUAUUGCUCUUUAUGUAAUUACUUUUCUAAAUAACCUUUUAAUGUGAACAAAAACAAAAAAAAUGUGACGAGUUACCUCUCUUGUUAUGCAAGCUCUUCACAACCUCCUGUUGGCAGCAAAUGUCAUCGGUGAAUGAGAAACCCACACUGUUUGGCUCAUACAAAAUCUGUUUCCAUCUGUUUAUCAUUGUACUAUAAAUUCAUUCCAUAUCAAAA